CCCCUCCCCUUUUCACGACACGCCGCGUUCCCUUUCGCGACGUGCGACGUGAUGACGACAUCAGAGGCGUCGGCGACGUCAAACAUGGCCGCCCGCGACGCGUUAACAGCUUUAACUUCACGUUGAGAGCUUGUUGUUUGUCGUUUACGAUGACCACUUCUAACGACAGUGCCGCGGAAAUGGCAUGUGAAAAGGAGGCAGUGGGGAACGAUUCACAUACUGGAGACGUAGAGGAAGAAAACAAAGAACAAAAGCAGGAAGAUGUAAGAGAAGCAGGAGGUGAAAUAGAAGACGGGACGGAGAAAGAAGAGGCCAAACAUGUUGAAGGAGAAGAUUGUGGUGAGGAAGAGGAGAAGAAGGAUGAGGCGGGACAGCCCAGAGAAGAAAUGGAGAAAGAGCCUGACCACGUUGAAGCCCAAAAGCAGCCUGCGGUCCUGAACCUGAACAACGAGGUGGUGAAUAUGAGGAAAGAGGUGAAGAGGGUGAGGGCGCUGCUCAGCAGGAAGCUCAUUCGUCAGAUUGCGGGCCUGAAGAAGAAGAAGGGCAAAGAGGCGGACGUUGAGAAGAAUCAAAGAAGGGCCGCCAGACUACUGGAGGAGAUCCACGCGAUGAAAGUGCUCAAACCGGACCUCGUCACCAAGACAGCCUUGCAGAAGAAUCUCAACUUCAACGAGGUGUGCAAAAAUCCAAAUUCGACCAUGUCCGACCGAGCCAUCGCUCGCAUCGCCUCCCACCCCCAGUUUAAGACAAAGAUCGAGAACAUCCAGGCCGCCGUGAAGGCCUUCAGAGACGAGAGGAGGAAGGGAGGGAAGCAAGGAGAGCGAAAGGGGAAAAAUGAAGCUGGAAAGGUAGCUCAGAGCUCACCCGUUAAGCCAAAAAAGGUUCAAGAAAUGGUAGAGGAAGAGAAGAAUUCUGAAGUGGGGGAAAGGACUAACGAUGAUGAAAGUGACCCGAAAGAUCAAGCCUCUUCUGAACCUGAUGAGGACGAAAUCAAACCUACUCAAGCUCCUCCUGCCGCCAAAAAGAAAGCAGCAGUGGAGACAAAGAUUGUCAAAGCGGCGCCAGUCAAAAAGAGUGUGACUAAAGAACAGGUGAAGAAGAAGAAACCGCAAGUGAAGGCUCAGGAAAAUAAACGGAAAGUAGUGUCCGAAUCCAUAAAAGAAGAAGAGGAAGAGAGCGAUUUGGAGCUCUCUGACGAGGACGAGGAGGACAAACCGUACUUUGACGACAGUACUGAGGAGCGAUUCCACAAGCAGUCUUCUCAGGAGGAGAGUGACAGCGAUAAUGACUUUUUUGUGGGCAAAGUGUGCAAAUUUAAGAAAAAGAAGAGUAAAAACACCCAAAGCGGGGGGGACACGAGUAAAGACGACGCUGCGGGGAAAUUCAAGACGGACGACAAGCUUCAGCGUGAACUCGACGAGCUCGAGUCACGGUUAAAGGCAAAAGGACCCAAACUUCAGACCGUCUUCUGCUCUUUGUCUCAAACAAAACCGAGUCGGGGCGGAAGAGGGAAGCCGGUGGGGAGGGGCCACGUUGAUUUCGAUAAACACAUCAAGUUCCAAAAGGAACAGAAAGGACCAACUGGGCUCAAUAAGUCCAACGGGCCUCAUGGCAGACGCUCGGAAACCGAGAGAGGAAACUUGAGAGGGCGUGGCCGAGGCGACGCGAGGAGGCAGCAGGAUCGUCCGCGUCCAGGCGGGUUCUCCAAUCCGGAACCACAGCAGGCCCUGCAUCCAUCAUGGGAGGCCAGCAAGAAGAGAAAAGAGCAGCAAGGGCAGAUUCUGGCUUUCCAAGGGAAGAAGAUCAAGUUUGAUGAUGACGACUGACUAAGCUGUAUGCUUCUUCUUUUAUGACCAAGUGUUUUUUUUUUUUUUUUAUGAAUUGAUUCUGGAUCAUUUGUGAAUUUUAAUUCCUAGAAAAGGACAAGUUCUGAGUUUUAGAAUUUUGUAAUGCAGUUGGAGCUUUUUGCAAAACGCUACCAUAUAGAACGUGGCACAUUUUCAGCAUGGGGAUGCCUCAGGUAUAUGUACCAAGCAUUCCACUGGAGUUCUAGGCAGGACACGCCCCAUUGGCAUAUGAUUGGCUCCUGCAGCAAGGGGAUCUUCCUACCUGGCCUGUAUGCAGUAGGGGGUGUCUGACCGGGAUGUAAGCAGCCAAUCAUAUUCCAUUGGGAGGGGCUCGUCCUGCAGCCAUUAAUGAUAGUGGGGUUUGUAACAACACCAUAGUAACACAAACAAUGGAGGAGAGCCAUUGCAUUUUCAAGUUAGAACGAGAUUAUUUUUUAAAUUUCUGUCAGAUAAAUAUGAAAAAUGUUUGUUGUGAACUUUGUGCGCCCCGUAAAGUAUUAUCAAGCUUCAAAAAGAAUACGUUCAAUUUGAGGAAGCGUUUGGGGUCGCGGCAAGGUCCAUUGAAAUUGAUUUGAAAUGUAUAUAAUUCCAAGAAGACAUUUUUAAAAUUAAAUAAAAAAAAACAAGUAUAGCCUCUUUAAGUUAAGUAAAUUCACAGACGCGAGUGAAGUCAUAGAAAAUAAAACGUGCUUUAAAAUGUUUGUAUAUGCAAUGUAAGUUCAUUAAAAAUAUAUUGUCUGCAGGAAAGGUUUUUGU